AAAAAUGGCUAAAAAAGGAAGUAAAAAAUUCAAAGAACCAGCAAAACCUUUAACAAGAAAUACAAGCAGUGAAAGGCGUAAAAGAGAAGCUGCUGCAAAUGGUGGGAGAAAAGAUGGAAGGAGAAUAUGCUGUUCUUCACUUAGAACAGCUGGUUUUGUAGUUGCUUUUGUAGAAUUUCUUUUAUGUAUUUUAACAGUUUAUGGAUUAUUUUAUAAUUUGUUUAUGUUUGGAGGUUCUUAUGUAAUUUGGUUUAUUUUGGGGAUUAUUUCUGUUAUAAUAAUAUUAAUUGCUAUUAUAUUAUUAAUUUACGCUAUAAAGAAGGAAAGCUCCAGAUUUUUAAUUCCACACAUUUCUGCACAGAUAUUUUUAAUAGGAUGGCUUAUAAUUGUAGCAAUUGUAGUUGCUCUUUUACUUCUUUUUGGUGCUUAUAAUGGAAUUAGACGUUUAGUUGGACAUGGGGAUUAUAAAAGAAAUUAUUCAACUCAUUGGCUUGGAAUAAUGAUUAUUAUUGUUUAUUUGGCUAUUGCUAUUCUUGAAAUAUUCUUUUUAUAUAUUGUUUGGCAAUUAUAUAAGCAAUAUCGCGCUUAUGAAAAACUUUCUGGAAAAUAUGGCAAAAGUGGAAUUAUAAUUAAAAAACGAAGAGCAGAAGACAAACAAACAUUGACACACGCCCCUGCAGACGGGGAUUGGUAUAUUCCCCCAAAAAACGAAAAUUCUUAUGGAGGAUCUCCAAAUGCUGGAGAUAUUUAUCCUUAUGAACCACCAAUUAGCCCUGUUUAA